UGGAUUGAAUUUCUAAUAUAGCAGAAUAAUAUAUUCUAAUAUAAUAAUAUAUUAGAAAUAUGUAAAUAUCAUACGUAUAAACCACAUAGACGAAAAGCUCUUUUGGGGGCCUUAAUAAUUUUUAAAAAGUACUGAAAGUACUAAGUAAUAAUUUUUUAAAAGCAGUGAAGACUAAGUUUUUUUUUAAAUGGCCAGGUAGGCUUAAAGGGCUUAGAAGUCACAGGGUCAGCUAAUUGCUUUCCAUUCUAAAGCAAUUAUUGGCAAUAUGUAAAUGAAGGGUGUGACUAUGGUCCAGUAAAACUGCUUACAAAAACUGGCAACUGGCUUGCAGUUGUAGUUUGCCAACCAUUGAUAUAAAGUGUUCCUGAUACCAAAAACCUUGAGAAUUACAGUUGUGAGUAAAAAGUUGGUGGUGUAGUUGGGAGGGAAUAAGGGAGAGAAUAGACAAUAAGUAGUUAGAAUUUCAUUUUUUUCACACUGUUUUAAAGUUUAUUUUGAGAGAACACAUGUGUGCAUGUGGGCAGAGGAGGGGCAGGGAAAGGGGGAGAGAGAACCCCAAGUUGGCUCCAUGCUUUCAGCAUGGCUCCAACCCACAAACUGUCGAAAUCAAGAGUCAGAUGCUUAAUUGACUGAGCCACCCAGGCACCCAGUAGUUGGAAUUUCAAAUGGAAAUAGAUAUUGUGAAGACAAUGAGAAGGGUCAUUUGGCCUUUAGAUAAAUCGAUCAGGAAAGGUGCCUUAAGGAGCUGACUUUAGUUAACUGGUUACUUGUUCAGGACUUGACUAGGUAUCAUCUCUUCUCCUUUUCCUCCACCUCCUGCCUCCUCCUUCUCCUCUAAGUUUAAUUUAUUUUGAGAGAGAGCACAAGCAAGGGAUGAACAGAGAGAGGGGGGAGAGAGAAUCCCAAUCAGGCUCUGUCUGGACUGUCAGUGCAGAGCUCAAUGUUGGGCUCAAAUCAAGAGUUUGAUGCUUAGCUGACCUGAGCCACCUGGGUGCCCCUCAUCUCUCUUUUUUGAUCUCUCCUUGCUAAUUAGGGAUCCCUUUUGCAUUGGGAGGCAAAGGAAAAGAUAGUUUAAGUAUAUAUAUUUUUAUAUUGAAUGUUAUUAGACUUAAAGAUUAAUUUUUCAAGUUGAAUUAUAAAAUAUCUAAAGCAUAUUUGCUUUAAAAGGAUUGAGGAAAUUAUACAGCCUAACUUAGAAAAUUGACCUAAGUUACGUGACAUUAAGCACGUUCUUUCUUUAUAAUUCUUCUUUUCUGAAAUUGAGAGUUGGUUAAAUUUCUUCCAAGUUUAAAAUUUUCUGGUUUGUUUGUUUGCCUUGCCCUACAUUGCCAUUUGUCUCCCUCCCCCAUCCCUUCUAAAUCUUCCCUGAUCAGAUAAGCUCCAGCUUCCAUCAUUUACUAAUUAAUUCUAUGAUCUGAAACCUUUAAUUUGUAAAUUUAUUUUCUUAUUCUUGAGGUAGGGGAUAGAUGCUGAAUUUGGAAGUUCAUUGAAAUGGUUAAGUCACGGUUGUAUGUAAACCUUUGAGAACAAUACCUGGAACAUACUAGGUGUUUAAUAAAUGUUUGGGGCAGCUGUUUGAAAGAAAAUGGAGGAAAGUCUCUACUUUUCCUUAUUUAGCUUGCUGACCCUAGGGCUCCACUGAGACUGGCAAGCUCCAGUGAGAGGCAUGAAAAUUAAAAAUGAAAACUCCUGUAGAGGGGUUAAGGAAGUACAAGAGCAGUAUAAUCCAGAUUUAUGUAUCCAUUCCAACUUUAGGGAAAGGACAUGGAAACAGCUAUUCCUGCCAUCAAAAUCUCUGUUCCCUUGUUGAAAAAUGCUUUACCAUAUCAAGACAUAAGUAAUUUUAUUUAUUUAUUUAUUUAUUUAUUUAUUUAAAAAAUUAAUGUUUAUUUUCUGAGAGAGACAGAGUGUGAGCAGGGGAGGAACAGAGAGAGAAAGGGAGACACAGAAUCUAAAGCAGGCUCCAGGUUCCCAGCUGUCAGCACAGAGCCCGAUAUGGGGCUCGAACUACUAACUAUGAAAUCAUGACCUGAGCUGAAUGAAGUCAGAUGCUUAACUGACUGAACCACCCAGGCACCCAAGACAUAAGGUAAUUUUAGCAAAAUCAAAUUCAUGAAUUAGAACUUAAUGAGUUCUUUUGGAAUGCAGUGCAAAAACAAAGAUUGGAAUUAUGAGGGGAAAAAAUAUGUGAUUGGAAGAUAGAUCCAGCAGAGAGAGUCAAUAUCAGAAUUAUGUGCAGAAAAGAACCGAGUAGAUGGAAAGGAUUAAAGAAUAAUUAGAAGUCCACAAAGGUGAAAGAUUUGAGCAUUUGGAUUGAAGACUCACCUAGCGUUUUGUUCAGCAAGUGCUGAUGGCACAUAUUUAGAUGUUUUGGUGAUAAUUUCUUUCAGAGACCAGAGCCACCUGUCGGGGGACAUGUUACCUGCAAAGGAAUAAGAAAAAUGGCAUAAAUUUUUCAUCUACAUCAUCAUAUGUCAUAAGACUGUGAACAGAAUUUAAGAAUUUUUAUAGUUCUUAGGGGAAACGGGUGUGUGACAAGAAUGGUAAACUUGUGCAGUUUCUAUAAGAGCUUCAGAUUGCCAGGCCCUGAGGCGGUUUCUGCAAACUUUCUUGAGGUGUGUUGGCUGUAUCAAAAAAUGAACCAUAAUUAAGGAUUCAGGGGGAAAAAAAGAUAGGCAUUUGCCUUUUUUUUUUUUUAAGUUUUUAUUUUAAUUCCAGUUAGUUAACAUGCAGUGUUAUAUUUCAGAUGUACAGGAUAGUGAUUCAAAACUUCCAUGUGUCCCCUGGUGCACAUCACAAGCACAGUCCUUAAUUCCCAAGGAUGGGCAUUUGUUUUGUGAUAUAAUUGUGAGAAAUGAAACCAGAAUUGUUGCAGUUAGGUUUAAAUGAUUGUUUUGACACAGUUUUGAAGUUUCAUACAAUCUUUACCUUGGCAGGUGGGAAAGGGGAAGUUUUACUAUUAAGCCUGUUAAAAGCGGGCUUCCCUUGUUUUGCAAGAUGUUAGUACUUUCAUUCUUGAUGUUCAUAAAUUGUAGGUUUGAUAUAAAAUGAAAAUAUGAUAAUUGCUAGUAAAAUAGAAUUAGGAUGUAGAACCAGGUGUCCGACAGAACUUUCUGCAGUGAAGACAUGGUUGUACUGUGACCUCCCCGACGCUCCCACUAAAAGAGGAUGCAGAGACCUUGUUGAGAAAAUGGAAACUCUCAGAUUGAAACUUUCUUAACUUUCAACUUCCUGAACUAGACAUCUUCUAUCUUCUCUGUUCUUACCAUGGAGAAAGUAUUUCUUCUAACGAAGUCUAGUCACUCUGUCUUGUCUUGAGUUUUGAAUCCCUCGUCACCAAAAACUUUAUUGUUCCAUUUCUUGGGAUUAUCCUCUUUUCUGGACUCAUCAUUCACUAUAUCAGCAUUCACUAUAUUCUGGUCCCUCCCAUUUCAAAAAAAAGAAAAAAGAAAAACAAAACAAAAACAAAACCCAAGCCGACAACUACCCUGGACCUUUCAGCUACUUCUUAACUUGCCUCUUUCUAUAGCCAUGCUUUUUAAAUUUACACAGCAUCCUGUUCAGUCUCUUUUGGUCUGAUUUACACACCGACCUUAUUUCCAAGGUUGCUUUUGCAGAGGUCACCAGUAACUUCCAUAUCGCCAAUCCAUGAACACCUGUUUGGUCUGAUCAUAUUUGACCUCUCAGCAGAUUCCACAUGGUUGACUGUGCCAUUAUUUUUACUACUUCUCACUGUAGAUUUUUUAUUGUUUAUGUAAUUGCACUUUGCCAAAGUUUAUACUGUUUGCAUUCUAAUUUGUAAUUCUAAUGCCUAUGGUUGGUGGGCUUAUUUCCAUGUUUAAAUGGAGUCAUUAACUAACUUUAAUCCUUUUAAAAGAUCACCAUUUCUAAAUUGCUUAUUUUGAUUCAUUGCUUAUUUUAAAUAAAGUAACAAAGGUUCAUGGGUGCUAUAUUCCAUGAGUUCUUGAAUGUUUAAGCAUGUGUGCUUGCUACCUUUAUUUUUUUUUCUGAUUACAGAAAUAGUACAAGCUCCCUAUAAGUAUAUAAUAAAGCAUAAUUUAUUCUAAUAUUUGUACAUGUAUCAAUAGAUCUUCUUCUUAAGUCUGUACCUUCCCUUGACUUCUGAGUUACUGCCCUUUCCUCCUCAGUUCUUUUAGGCUUUUGCUACUCAUGUUAGCCUCAGCCAGCAAUUGGCCACACCUAUGGUUAAAAAUUUAGAGUCUCAGGCCCAGCCUUGGCAUAAUUCUGAUUCUGAAUCAGAACCUGCAUUUUAAUAAGAUCCCUAGAUGAUUAGUGGGCACGAUAAAGUUUGAGAACUGCUGCAGGCUAAGGGCCACUGCCUCUCUUUAAGGAACCCUUCAAUCUUUAAAUCUUGGCAUUUGUCUUGUUUUAGGCAGGCUCCUCAUUCUGUGACUUUAGAUGACAUUGUAUGUUAAUCCUCCUCAUCUGCACCCUGAGCUCUUCUGUCAACUGCUUUUCUGCUUAAACAUCUCACUCCCACUUUGCAUGUCUUCUGUUACUGCAUUUCAGUAUCUAGCACAGUGCCUAAUGGGUUCUGAUUCAGUAUGUGAUGCUUUUUACUGGGGUGGAAGUCUCAAAAUAGAGUGAUUUCAGCAGUAAAAAGACAGAUGUGUAAAAAGACAAAUGUGUACUUUGCUUUACACAUUUGAAUUAGGGUUUGCACUUUCCUCUCCAUUUAUUGGGCUGUAUCACCUUUGUUCAGACUUUCUGUUUUUCCAGCAGGCUUUUACCAGGUCUUUGAUCUGGGCUUUCCCCAUUUCAAAUCACCAGUCUUACUAGACAUAUAAAUAACUCUUCUUUUGUAGCAACAGAGUUUUCAGAGUUAAUCUUCAGGAAAAUAGAGCUUUUAGGAAAAUACAUACAAUUUAAGUUCCUCUUAUUACUUUGCUACAGUUUUGGAAAUUAAAAUAGGUUGUUUAAUUUUUUUCUUAGCAUCAUUGUUUUAUAACAGUGUUUGAUUUUUUUUUUUUAAUUUUUGGCAUUUUAAGCUGUUAAAUUUUUAAGGAGACUUGUGUUAGGUUUAAUUUUGUCAAUAUGUGAGAAGUAAAUCUUAAAAAGUGAUUUUUAACAUAACAUUUUCUGCAUAUACCCUUUACAAUGUCAAAAUACAGAAAGUACCUCUUUUUCAAAAAGGAGUUGUAAUUAUAAAGAAAGGAAAACACUCUAAUGUUUGAAUGGAAGAGUUUUAUUUAACUCAUUGAUUCCUAACAGAGCAAAUACAUAAUCUGAACCUGUACUUUAUUUUUACAGUGAGUAUUAUUAUAUUUAUUAUUAAUUAUAUCAGUUCUAGGAAUAGUUUUUGGAGAAGUAAAGGAGGUCUGGUGAUAUUUGCGUCCUGUCUUUUUUACUAAAUUAAGAAUGCAAAUUUUACUUCUUAUUUUGACAAUUGUUUUCACUUCACCACUCUCAAUCAGGCUAAUCUUGAUAAAGCGGUUUAUUUAUUGCCCCCUCUGAAGAAAAAAAUGCCAAAAAUCACACAUCCAUAUCAUGACCCAGCCAGUACCUCCCAUGCAUGUUGUGUUUGAAACUUGCUUUACAAUAAUACACUAGUCGUUUUUCCCUGUGUGACUACAUUUCUCCAUUUUAAAUGUUUCCUUUGAAAAAAGUAACUGUAUUAGCUUCCUGUUACUGCUGUAACAACAUUUCCACAAGUGUUAGGAUGCAGACAUAGUUGAGAGGGGCAUUAUUUGCCUGCUGUAGUAACAUUUUGUAAACUGCAAAAGGUUGUUAUAUAUUAAUUACUAAGCAUGAGGUAUGACUAAUCAGAGAAAUUGUUCAUCAGCCCUUGAUAAAAGGAAACCAAGGUUCCCGCAUGAAAUUGAUAAUAAAAGUUUAAGUCCAGGGGAGCCUGGGUAGCUCAGUCAGUAAAGUGCCCCACUUGGGCUCAGGUCAUGAUCUUGCAGUUCCUGAGUUUGAGCCCCACAUGGAUUGGGCUCUGCACUGAUGAUGCAGAGCCUGCUUGGGAUUUUCUCUCUGCCCCUCCCCCACUUGUGUGCGCACGUGUUCUCUCUCUCUCUCUCUCUCUCUCUCUCUCUCUCUCUCUGAAAUAAGUAAACUUAAAAAAAAGUUUACAUCCAUCUACUUUUUAUAGUAUGUUAAUGUGACAAAGUAAUGGUUUAAAUGCUCUGAAAUUACUGAGAUAGCAUUAAAGGCUGAUUAUAAAAUAUUUCAAUGUGGAUUAAAAUUUAUUUAAACUUUAUACCAAACUGGGCUUGAGAUGUAGGCUUUAGAAAGUAUAGGUAAUACAGGGGGUGAAUCACUGGAAUCUACUCCUGAAAUCAUUAUUGCACUAUAUGCUAACUAACUUGGAUGUAAAUUAAAAAUUAAAAACAAAAGAAAGUGUAGGUAAUAGGUCACUCUUACUAAAUUUUGUGACUUUUUAACUUUGUAUUCUGUGGGUUUGUCUUAGUGUAAUGUAGUUUUUGUGAAAUUUUCAGCUCUGUAAAACCAGUGUAAAUAUUCUACCUGGUCGAGCAAUUCUAUUAAGGUUUAUUGUGCUAAAAAUUAAAUUGCAGUUGAUCUUUGGCAGACAUGGUUGAUCACCUUUACAAAGUAAACGUAUCUUUUGGAACCCACACUUUCUAGGUUUCUUGUUGAUGAACUCAGGCGAGGCAAGAAACUUUGGGAGGUGUCAGGUGAAUACUUACGUAUUUUGGACUAUGUACCAUCUAUGAUAUACAUAAAUACCCAUCUCCCUUGGUCCAGACAAAAGCUAUGUGAGGCUGGAAACACUGUCCCAGUUUUACAGCUGAGCAGGUGGUGAAGACUAGGUUUGAAUCCCAAGUGUGUGUAGAUGACUCCAGAAUGCUUCCUCUUUUAUUGUCCUGACUCACUUGUUGAGUGGUUUGUCUGUAGAUUAAUGGUUUUCAGAUGGUGCCAUAAGGCUCUGUACAGAUCCUUGGAAGUUUGGGAAAAAAUGAUUUUUUUUUUUUUUCUUGAGGAAUCAAUCCUUCCCUUUGACUUGUUUUUUAUAUUUGGGUUUGGAAAGAGUUGCUCUGCCUAAAACAUUUGAAGCUUCCUUCCCUAGAAACCUGAGACCUAUCUAGAAUGAAUAUGUAUCAGAAAAUAAAAAUGUAAGUAAUAGUAAUUUAUAUUUGUUAGCACACAGACUGUAUCUGUUUUCAGUGAUCUUUCUAUUCCUAAUGAUGUUUUGUGUAGCUUAAUGUUAAAAUAAGUUUGAAGUGAUUGAAUGUACUCUUAAUAGGGUGGGGAAGUGAUUAGAAUUAAAAUUUGAUGUGGAAAGUGGGUAAGCUACAAUUUACUGCACAGGGUUCUCUUCCCACUACCAGCUCCGGCCGUGUUUAAAGGCUGCUCUAUAAGCAUGAUGUAAUGACAGGUUAAACCCCUGAGUGUACUACCUGACGCAGUGCAAAUCUGAGGCCCAGGACUUUAUUGGGGCACGGGUAAUGCUUCUUUAAAAACAAAACAAGCUUCUCUGUUUAAUGAGGCCAUUUAAGAUGCUUUUCCCAGAGUGGGAAGAGAAGAUAAUCUCCGUUUGGAGGUUGAAGAAGGAAUUUAAUAUGGUUAUGUGUGUUUACUACUCUCACUGUAGUUUUUUCAAAGGGAGAGAGGGUGUUUUAAAGUAUGGUGCCAACAGGGGUAGAAGUGAAGUGAGUUAGAAAUUGAGGAAAUAUGGUAGUUGACAUCUGGUAAAUAGUUAAUGAAGAGAGGAGAGUGCUUUCAUUCUAUAAACACUUAAGUGUUCACGGUUAACCAGCCACCGUGGUGGCCAUAUAUUUCCCAUAUACUCUCUGUAGGUCUUAGUUUGAAAUCAUACCAAAUUGUUAGUAUCUGUUUUGUUCUACAAAAAGGCAUGUUUCCGCCUAAAUGUAAGCUGGUGGAAAUAUGCUGAGGUGUGCACAUUGUUUUUGGGGGUCCAGGGCUGGGUCUGAGUUGCACAGCGCAGUGCCCUGGAGCAGUCCCGGAGAAGUCCUGAGCUGGGAGGGCGGAGCUUGUGGGCGUACCCACCGCGUCCGCCCCGCCCCACCAGCCCCGCCCCAUGCUAGCUGCGGCUGGGCGCUGCGAGCCUAAGGCCCGUUGGCACUGUGGACUGGAGCAGGCUUUCCCAGCAGUGGGCAGGCCCCAGCCCCAGGCUCCGCGUGGAUCUCCCCGCGGGCCGGACCCUGCAGUGACUCCAGAGCUGGCUCCAAGAGCACGCUUGCUCCAGCCUCCUCGCAUCCUAAGGCCCUGUCCUUCCCCAGAGCUGGUUAGCUAAUGAAUCAGGGGAAGACAGACUUCCAGGACCGACAGUUUAGGGCCCAGUAGAAGACGGCUCGGUGAUGGCGCCCAUUUUUGGAAACACAGGCGAAUUUGAGCUCGCAUGGAGGUGUGGUCGAUUCCUGUUGGGACGGGAGAGGCUUCAUUUCUCGGCUGCUGCGGUAGCCUGUGCUUCUGAAGAGUGAAUGGAGUGUUACAGAGCAGGGCACUUACCUUCGCUUCUUGAAAACUUGACAUUGGACAUGGUUAGGAACAGAAGGUGUCCAGGAGGAGCCUCUGUUACAAAUCGUAUUUGCUUCUGGGGGAAAGGCUCUGAGCUGCCUGGCUUCUCAUGACCGGGAAGUCUACCUCACCUUUUCUGUACUCCUGGAGAGGCAUCUUGCUCACAUGUUUACCUGCAGCUGGGACAAGGAAAAGAAAAGAAAUGAGCCGCCAGACUGCAACAGCAUUACCCACUGGAACCUCAAAGUGUACGCCGUCCCAGAGGGUGCCUGCCCUGACUGGCACAACCGCAUCCAAUAAUGACUUGGCGAGUCUUUUUGAGUGUCCGGUCUGCUUUGACUAUGUGUUACCACCCAUUCUUCAGUGUCAGAGUGGCCAUCUUGUUUGUAGCAACUGUCGCCCAAAGCUCACAUGUUGUCCAACCUGCCGGGGCCCGUUGGGAUCCAUUCGCAACUUGGCUAUGGAGAAAGUGGCCAAUUCCGUACUUUUCCCUUGUAAAUAUGCCUCUUCUGGAUGUGAAAUAACUCUGCCACACACAGAAAAAGCAGACCAUGAAGAGCUCUGUGAGUUUAGGCCUUAUUCGUGUCCGUGCCCCGGUGCUUCCUGUAAAUGGCAAGGCUCUUUGGAUGCUGUAAUGCCCCAUCUGAUGCAUCAGCAUAAGUCCAUUACAACCCUACAGGGAGAGGAUAUAGUUUUCCUUGCUACAGACAUUAAUCUUCCAGGUGCUGUUGACUGGGUGAUGAUGCAGUCCUGUUUUGGCUUUCACUUCAUGUUAGUCCUGGAGAAACAGGAAAAGUACGACGGUCACCAGCAGUUCUUUGCAAUUGUACAGCUGAUAGGAACACGCAAGCAAGCUGAAAAUUUUGCUUAUCGACUUGAGCUAAAUGGUCAUAGGCGGCGAUUGACUUGGGAAGCGACUCCGCGAUCUAUUCAUGAGGGAAUUGCAACAGCCAUUAUGAAUAGCGACUGCCUAGUCUUUGACACCAGCAUUGCACAGCUUUUUGCAGAAAAUGGCAAUUUAGGCAUCAAUGUAACUAUUUCCAUGUGUUGAAAUGGCAAUCAAACAUUUUCUGGCCAGUGUUUAAAACCAUUGCAUUCAGUUUCACAGAGAAUAAGGCACCCAUCUGCCUGCCAACCUGAAACUUUUGGUAGGUGGAAGCUAGACACAUGAAGGUAAAUAAGAGGAAAGGCUGUUAAAUACAGGAAACAGUUGCAUGUAGUAACACUAAUAUAUUUAAAAAUAAGUCAACAGUAAACCACUGAAAAAAAUAUAUAUAUACACCCAAGAUGGGCAUCUUUUGUAUUAAGAAAGGAAGCAUUGUAAAAUAAUUCUCAAUUUGUGUUGUAGAUUGAGUGUACUGUUGAAAAAUAUCGGGUUUUUGUUUGUGUGCCUGCAAGUUUGUGUGCGUGUGUGCGCGUGUGCGUGUGUGUGUGUGUGUGUGUUUUUCUUUAACCGACAAGCCAUGUUGAGUGGUCUUGGACCACUGCUUUUCCCUUUGUGAGUCAAUACAUAGUGCUGCUGUGUGUGUAUAUUUUUUUGUGUGUAUUUGCUAAUUUUUAUUAAUUCUAGUUUUUCAUUAAAUAAAUUUGACUUUCUUUUCUGUAA